UCUGCAUAUGAAGGAAGCUCGUGUGUGCACAAUAUGGAGUGAAAGGCAGCAGGCUUGUUUAUAGGGCGCGGUAGUGUUUACGAGUGUUUUUAGCCGAAAUUAGUUACCAAAAAGCUCUUUUGACCUAUAUAUAUUGUGACACUGAAAAACAAAAUGUCAGCGGAAAAGCUAACGGUACGUUCGGAAGAAGGCGGUGGUCCUCCGGCUGCGUUUCCAGUGGCGUUACAGAAAAUACUGGAAAUUCCUCCUCCGAAUGUGUUGGAGUGUGCAGACGAAAAUGAGAAAGAGAAGCUUUCAGGAGAUGAUGUGGACUCCAGAGGUGGAGUCAGUGGACUGGGGCCAUCGGCUGCCUUGACCCCUGCUAUUUGGGACAAGACAAUUCCGUAUGAUGGCAAAACCUUUCAUCUUGAGUACAUGGAUCUGGAGGAAUUUCUGAUGGAGAAUGGUAUUUCUGCUUCUGAACAAGUCCAACAGAAGACCAUUGCUAAAGAGAGCUCCAAGCAGCUACUAGAGGAAUCCUCCCCCAUCAUCCCAAAGACAGAACCAAGCCCAGCAGCCCCCAUCUCUCUUCUGCCAACCCUGGAACUGGAGCAGUGUGAUGAAGUCAUAACAACUGUUGUAUCAAACUUAGACUCAACACAGACCAAAACAGGCUUAAACACAGAGAGGGAGCGUCUGACACCAGACCCCGUUAACCCAGAAGAAAUUGAGAUAGCAGUGAACUUUGAGCCAGAUCCUGCAGACCUUGUGCUGUCCAGUGUUCCUGGAGGAGAGCUCUUUGACCCUCGCAAGCAUCGCUUUAAUGAAGAGGAUCUCAAACCACAGCCCAUUAUCAAGAAAGCCAAGAAAAUGUUUGUGCCUGAAGAGCAGAAGGAUGAGAAAUAUUGGCAUAGGAGGAAGAAGAACAACAUUGCAGCAAAACGUUCCCGAGAUGCCAGAAGGCUGAAGGAGAAUCAGAUCACAGUCCGUGCAGCCUUCUUGGAGCGGGAGAAUCUGGCUCUGAGGCAGGAGGUGGCUGAGCUGCGCAAGGAUUUGGGACGCUGCAAGAAAAUCGUGGCUAGCUAUGAAUCGAAAUACGGAGCACUGCAAUAGAUAACAGCUGGACGAUUUACAUUUUCAAGAGAAGUCAGUAAAUCCAGUCUAUCUCCUGACUGAAACCUUUACUACAUUCACAUUUCGCCUUUUUUUCAGUUUACUUUAUUUCUAUAUAGUCCAAACCUUGGAGAAAAGAUUUUUUUUACUGAAACCUGGCAUUAAAGUAAUGGACUGUUUAUAAUGCAUAAGGGGCAAAAUGGUGACUUAAAGUGAUUAAUAAAGCUUUAACAGCAGAAAUGAGAUGAUCACAUGGUUAGUGAAAGCAAGUCUAACUAUAAUUUCAUAUAGCCCACCUAACUGUUAUGUUUAUAUAAUAUUUUUUAAUUAUAUUUUACCUUUUAGUAACCGUUUAUCUUAAUGGUACCUGCAAUGGGCUUUCAUACCAUAUUAAUGAACAUUGCUUGAAUAUUUUUAAAGCAAUACUGGAGUUUGUAUGCAAGGCUUAAUUCAAAGUCUGUGAUAUGACAAAGGUGAAGUGUAUUAGUUAAAACUCUUAUACUAAUCUUAAUACAAUUUGUAUAUGAAGCCAAUGUACCUGUCAAAUGAAUCAUUUAAUUAAUUAUUAUUAUUAUUUUUAUUAUUAUUAUUAUUAUUUCGGCCGCUCCCUGUUCAGGGUCGCCACAGUGAAUCACAUGGUCUGCAUAUUAGAUUUUGGCAGAGGUUUUACGCCGGAUGCCCUACCUAAUGCAACCCUUCUGUUUUAUCGGGGCUUGGGCUUGAGCCCGGCACUAAGCGUUACCUCUUCAGUGGCUGGGUUAGCUCCCUGCAUGGGAAUUGUUCCCAGGCCACGGCAAGGAGAGUGAGGGAUCCUGCCACUGGACCACCAGGAGAAAUAAAUCUUUUUAAUACCCUCCAAAUAACGUGAAAAUCAACUUUGUAAAGCACUUUUUUUUUACCAUCUUAAAAUAAGAUUGAAAGGAUUAAAACAAAGAAAUCUCAGUCAGACCUUAAUAAUAAUUAAGGGUUCAUUUUUCUCCCUUUGAUCUUAAAACAAAGUCCAAAAAAACUCAUGAUUUUUACAUAAGCCUUUCAUAAAUACUCAAGCAAUGCUUUAUAAAAUAUUCAUAAAAUGCUUAUGAAUGUUAAAAUGUCAGUACACUUUAAAUAAAGUGUGGAACAGCAGUGCUAAAGAAGUUUGAACAGUUUACUAGAGGCCCAUAACUUUCCUGUGCUUUUACGUUCUUCCCGGAAACAUGAAGAGAAUUAAAGUUCAGAUCGAACUGGUCGUCAUGAUUUGGAAUAGGGUUAGGGAAAACACUAAAUAAAACCAGCGUGUCUUGUGACUGAAUAGCUACUUCAAGUUCAUCUGUCAAUAUUAAAAAGUCAUGUGACCAAUAACAUGCAUUAAAAAUUGGUGCAUUUUUAAUUGAACAAUUUGAAUGUUUCAUAGAAAGAUAAAUAAUAACAGGUACGCAUUUAAUUCUGUGCUUUUUGUUUCUCUGUUUUUUAUGACUGUUUCAGCUGGGUUAAAAGGCUAUUUUAAAAUUUCUGGUAACUAUUACCCAUGUUUAAAUGCAGGGCUUCUUUUUCAAGGUAGAAAAUGUGCAUACUGUUGUAGAUUAGAGUUUAUCAGGGACUACUUUGCAUUUCAUAAUAUCGGUGCAUAUAAUUGAGCUGCUUUUGAAUUAUUUUUAGAUAAAAUACAGUUAAUGGCAUUUUACCUCAGUGAUAUUUUGACAACUUGUGCUUCCUUUGUGGAAUCCCCCCAAUAAUCUUACUGUCCAGUAGACUCUGCAAAAAUAUGUUUUAAGCAACUAAAUUAUUUACCCCUUUCUUGGUCACAAGAAAAGGGUUGUUGUACUGACCAGCUCCAGGUUAAUAAGCUCAAACAUAGUACAAAAUGCAAAUAAAAACAGAUGAUUUCCAGAUUUGAAUGGAAAGAACAUAUGUGCCACAUUUAUAAUUUGUGCUGCAUGUCUAAACAAAUAUAUAUUUCAUGUUGAAAGGUAAUUUAUACAUGUGUUUCUAUAUUCAAUAAUCUUAACUGAUGAGGUCACUGUUCUUCUUUCAUGUAUAUUAAUGAAUAAACAUUAUUUUAACUCCAGAUCUGGAGAGUCUGAGUUUCAUUCUCUUAGUUCAACUGAUUGGGAUCAUGUGUUUGUGAACAGGGAAAGCAUUAUACUGUGCUGUAACAACCUGGUUUAUAGAAUAUUGCUUUUUUGUAACUUUCAUGUUGAAUGUUCCAACCUUUUAUGUUAUUAAAGAGAACGCGUGUUGUCA